GCGAAAAUAGUCGAACAGGAAUGCUACCAUGUCCGUUUUGUCGAAUCAUAAAAUUUGUUAACUGCCCGAAAGUGUUGAUUGACACAUGAAGUUUCACAGUUCACGGUCUGCUAGCAGCUUUAGUGUACCGUGUCUCUGCCUUCUAAUAAUAAGUUGCUGUGCUUAUACGAACAACACUCGGUACUUCGGAACUCCAAUUAUUUGCUAGCAGUGAUAUGUUAUUGGUGGUAGUAGUUGUGGUGGGGAGGCGAAGCCUGGCAACUAAGCCACCUUUGACCCUUUUUGCUGACCUCGUAGUAUCAACCAUGAGGAGUCAACUCAUACGGGAGAACGGGAAACAGUGCGGACCACUACCUGGCAACGGUGGCGUUGACAACUAUGAUGAUUUAUUGCUGUCAUUUUUAGUUAACCUCUCUUUUAUUUGUGCCUGGAAGACUGGAUGGCUUCGAAGGUGCUGCAAAAGACCAACAUCAGUAUUGAAAAUAUUUGGACCAUACAAUAUAAAAUUUAGAUGAAAUAUAUUCUCAAGUAAAGAUUUUUGCUGUUCUCAAAAUUCAAAUAACUAUACUAAGUGACAUAUAAAU